UUUUUUUCAUGAUUGCGAUACGGAAAUUGGUGAUGGAUUUCGUGUUUUUAUAGACGCUACAAUCUUAUCCACCAGAUUAUUGAAAGAAGUGCUUUGAAUCAAUAAAAAAAAACUGGAAAAAUGAAUCAGUGCCGUCUAUGCCUAGGACUGGUUCUGGUGGUUCCGGAUAACAACAUCCAAAGCCUGAAACCCAAACUGGAAACGGUAUUUUCAUUCGAGAUUCUACCCCAUCAGGCCCUAUCGGCAGCCGUAUGUGAAGAAUGUGUUGAAAAAAUUGGAUGUUUUUACAAAUACGCCAUCAAAGUUAAAGACAACCAAUUCACACUGUUUGAAGCUCUAGCUAAAAACUUGCCAUCGAUUCAGUUGUCUGUGCUGCGCAAUCAACCUUCAUUGGAAACUACUGAUCCCUUUCCCGGUCCCAGCAAAUUUCAGCAGUUUGUACGACCUCAACAGCGGAUAUCAAAAAUGGUCAAAAAUGUAAAAAGAAAAAUUUUGUCGUUUGACGCCGACAAAGUCUCCGCACAUCUUAAUAUGAAAUGUGCUAUCUGCAAGGUUGAUCAAUUGAAUUUCAACAGUCUUAUCAACCACAUUAGACGAGUACAUGGCCAAAGGGGAUAUAUUUCCUGUUGUUCUAAAAAACUGAUCACCAAGACUAUGGCAAUGAGGCAUUUGUUAACGCAUAAUCCAAAGCUUUUGAAACGUCCCGGCAUUGGCUUGAAUAAAUUAAAUGAAACCUUCAAGAAAAUGUGGCCAUUGUUUGUCAAAGAUCUUCAGGACUACAAGGGGGAUAUGCCCAACCUCAAUGAAGCAUGCAAUGGCAAUCUAGAAGAACGGAAAAAAAUGUUAGAAGCGCAGGAUUUUCUCAUUGACAAACUCUUUGAUCUUGAUUGCGAUGUUUGUGAUAAAAAAUUAUCAAAUCAAACAGAUCGACAAGAUCACUUCAAAACCAAGCAUCCCGAUGUUAAAUAUUUCAUAAAAUGUUGUGGAAAACAAUUCGAUAUGCAACGUUCGAAGAUAAUAGCACACAUGAUAAACCACCGUCGAAGAUCGAUUGCAGGAGAUUCGAUACAGAAUCCUCCAGAAUAUGGAAAAGAUAGCUUCCCCAUAUCGAAUGAAGCGUAUUGCGACGAAUCCGAGACGGUCAGUGCUGAGCCGUUAGAUUUAGAAAAUACACUUGAGUUGGAUUCGGACGCACUAGAAGAUUCAGAGGACGUUCCGGAGUAUACGGAGUGCGGUCGGUCGAAAAACGGGAAAAUAUCUUUCGAUCACGAUUUGAUUGCUGCUAAUUUGAAUAUGAAGUGUUUCUAUUGUGAAAAGGAUCAACACAACUUGGAAAACCUUUGGGAACACAUAAAAAUAGUACACCAACGAAGAAGGGUGAUCAGUUGUUGUGGAAAGACAAUAAAAACAAGGAUGGGGAUAAUGAAGCACUUAGCAAAGCAUACAAAGCAGAAAAAUUCUGACAACACGUACUGGCAGGAUGCUUACGAGCCAAUGUGGACUCUUUUUGCAAAGGAACUAGAAGAAUAUGAUGGAAUAAUGCCAGAUAUGGCUUUGGCUUAUGAAGGCAAUCCUACAGAAAGAAGGAAAGUAUUCUAUGCCCACGAUUUCCUUAUUGAUUUAUUAUUCAAUUUGGACUGCGAUUUGUGUAAUACUAAAUUGGAAACUCAGGAUGAACGAAGGAAACAUUUUAAAGCGGACCAUCCAGACACAACGUAUUUUAUAUCGUGCUGCGGAAAACGAUACGCCCACAGGUUAUCCAUAAUGAAUCAUAUGUCAAAACAUAGACGUAAUGACACUUAUGAAAAGGAACAAGAAAACGACGUUAACUUGGAGGAUGAACAGCCAAUGAACACUUUGCUAACCGGUGGUUUUGAAGAUAAUUCUCGAGAUCCGAUAAAAGUGGACUACGAGACAGAAGAGUUCGAUUUAAACCCAUUAUUCGAAGAUAUAGCGAUUAAAAUUGAGCCCAUUGAAAUGAGUGAUUCAAAUGAAGAAAACACACCUUCUCUUGAUUCUUUUGAAUCAGACAUCGAGAAGUAUCUAGACAUGAAGUGCGAUAUCUGCAACGAAGAUCAAUCCAACUACGAACAACUUAAGCAACAUUUUCAAAUGAAACACAAUCUACCUUGUUAUAUUGUAUGUUGUGGAACCAAGCUAUAUUCACAUAUUAUGAUUUCCGGACACGCCAUGAAACAUCUCUCCAGGGAGAAGGGAAAUGAAUUACUCCACUCUCAACAAUCUGAAUACUAUUCCACUAUGCUAACAGAUUUUAAGGUCAUUCUUAAAAAUUACACAGACAGCUUACCAAACAUUGAACGAGCAAUGACCGGGGACGAAACGGAAGUGGACAAGCUUCAGAAAGCUCAAGAAUUUUUAGUUGAGUACUUGUUCAACACCAAAUGUGAGUUGUGUGAAUAUCAGUGUGAAAGUAUUUCUGAACGAAAAACUCAUUUUGCCGAAAAACAUCCGGAGGAAAAAUACUUUUCCUCAUGCUGUGGCCAACGUUUCCAUUUUCCAAUUAGUGAGAUGAUACAUCUCAACCAACACUGGAAACCUUUACAAGUUGUUGAGUCUGAAAUGAGCGAAGAAAUUCCGUCGCCCGGAACAUCUCCAGGGACAAUUAAAAAAAGAGUUAUAAAAUGCUUUCGCUGUAAUUUUGAAGCUCAAAACCACAUUGUCCUGAGGAACCAUUUCAACCAGAACCCAUUAUGCUCAAAGGGCAUAAAAUGUUGCAGUAGAAUAAUUACAAAGAGAACUAUAUUCAAACACCUGCGAUCCGAGCAUAAACAUGGAGAUUAUUUUAUCUGUCACGUUUGCCAAAAACAAUUCACCGGCUACAAAAAUCUGGAAAUUCACUAUCAGCGAACCCAUGAUAAAAAUGAAGGUGAAGAACCAGAAGAAUAUCCAUGCACCGCUUGUCACAAAAUGUUCCCUACUGAGCAACGUUUAAAGAAUCACAUAAGGGGUCAUGAAAAAAUGGAUUGCGAAAUAUGUGGUCUGUCGUAUACUCGAUUCGCUUUGAAAAACCACAUUCUAAAUAAGCAUAAACAAGGUAAAGAGAUGCAAUGCGAACACUGCGAUAAAGUGUACUAUACAAAAUAUCGUAUGAACUUCCAUCUUAAACAGUCCCAUCGAGCGAUCUACCAGAAGUCUUUGCUGGAUUCAACAUCUUGAUUUUAUCGGUGAUGAACAUCCGUUCGAAAUGUUUGUAGAUGUAAAUACAUAAUCGUUCAAAAUAUCAUGUGUCUUGUUCAAGCUACUAAUGCAUGUAAUAGAUAUAAGGAUACAUAUAUUGUAGUUAGACUACUUUAUAUCUCUAUAGAGACUAUACUUAUAUACUUAUUAUCGUUCUGCCAAUGAAUGGCUUUAGAAAUUGCUUCUAAAAUGACAAAAAAUAAAACAAAUUUAUUUUUCAAUUUUGUUUGAUUUAGGGGGAAGUCGUCUAUGGCCGGACAUCGCCUAUGGCCGGACAACAUAGAUUUUUCGAAAACACAAUAUCCUAAUAAUGUUUUAACAUCAUACAAAUAAAGUCAAUAGUAGCCUGAUAUGGUGUAAAAAAUAUGGUAAUCCAAUCUGAAAAAGUAAACCAAUGAUAGGCAUCUAAACCUUUUGCCUAGUAGUUUGGAGAGGAUCGCCUAAACUUUGCAUUUGUAUUGUGGUCAGUUUUUUCGGCUUGUAAAAUUUGAAUUGCACAUGAACGACAUCGUUGAUUGGUUAUCUUUCGACUACAGUUGAUAUAAGAUAACAAAACCGAAGUUCAAACGAAAUUUUAGGAAAAUUUAAAAAAAUGCGAUUUCUCUAUGACCGGACACCAAAUUGUUGUCUUUGACCGGACAAGAAAAUAUUCAAGAUUAUAGAUAAUUUCAACUUGAAACUUUCAUUUUUUCAUCUCUAUAGCACCCUCAAAUGGUUAGCAGAAGAUAAGGAUUCAAUAUCGAAACUAUUUUGGUUCUCUGAGAAACUUUCAAUUUUUCUGUCCGGUCAUAGACAAUUUUUCUUUAGUUUUUUUCAAAACAAAUGUUUCAUUCUGGUUUGUCAAAAAAACUUUUAUGACUGGCUUCAUAGAACGUUUAGUAUUAAAAAACACAUAUUAACAAGACCUGUGCAAGUGAUUUCAGUCAUUUUGCUACGUUUUUGUGCCAUUGGUGACAUUUUUGGUGAAGUAAUUCGUAGUGUCCGGCCAUAGACAACACUUUUGGAAAUGAGUGAAAACUAACAUGAAAUGAUUUGUCUUACCACAUGAAUAUGUUGUAAAUUAUUUUUUUUCUAAUAUAGUUAAGUGAUCAUAAUAUUGAUACUCUUCAAAUCAGUAGAGGAACCAAUAUUUACAAAAAUCUAUUUUUGAACUUAUUGCUUAAAAACCUUAAGUGUCCGGUAGUAGACAACAUCCCCCUAUAUUAUAUCUAAAAUUUGCUACCCCUACCUCGAUACCUCAAAUUAAGUAAGUUGAAUAAACAGAUGAUUCUUUUUUUGUGGAAUUUGAAAUUGGUUUGGCUCAAUGUACGCAAAUCAGAACGAAAGAAGCGUUAAUUUUGCCGUUUAAUAGUUUCAACGAAUGUUAAAGUAAAAGUUAUUUAUCAUAAAACGAAUCAAUGUCGGCUUUGUCUAAGCAUUAUUCUGGUAAACCAGAAGGACAAUAAUUAUAGCUUGAAGGAGCAGAUGAAAACUAUUUUCACUUUCGAAGUAAGUACCUUUUGAGAAAUUAGUAAACCCUCUCGAUUUCAUUGCUUGUUCUGGUUAUCAACUUCCUAGGUCUUGGUCUUUUCCUAGAUCUUUCAUGUUUUUGGAUGACUGUUCGAGUACUUGGGCCUGGAACAACAAGAGGGGAGCAUGCUGUAAGCAGAAGCCUACGCCAACAUGUUACCGGACCUUCACCAAACAUUACUUAGGCGUUCAAUGGGGACGGACAGGAAAACAAUAUAUUAUAGUAAUAUAAUUCAUCUGUGAUAUAAUAUACUCUAUUUGUGAAAUGAAACACCUCGAAAGCAGAUUCUGCUAAUGGUUACAGGAUUGUUUUAGUUGAAUAAACAACAUGGAGCUUACUGAUUUUGGCUUUAUUUUAUUUUUUCUGCGAAAGAAAGCCAUCUGUGCAAAACA